GGUGUACGUACGCCGCCGGUAAUGAUUGUGAAUAAAUGCAAAUGCCAUGGUGGUCAAAUGGCCAAAUCAAAUGAUAUGAUUCGAACAGACACACGGCGGUUUGGAAACGUCUCGUGUGUUCAGCAGGACCUCGUCGCGCGGCCUAAGUUCCUCUGUCUGUGUCUAAAAGGGUACGACCGUACGUCUUCCAGUCUCUGAAAAUGGUGCUCAGGACUCAGCUGACAACACACACCUGCCUGGUUGCUAGGUGACGUGGUUCUCAGGGAAACACGAGUGACACAGCGUUGUGGAAGUUGUGAACAAGUCUCCUGCUCUCCUGCCUCACUUCCUCGCCAUCGGGCGGCGGGACCGUCGGAAACAGAUCCCCCGGUCUCUGCUCGUCCGCCGCUCGUUCUGCCUCCAUGGCGUCCGGAGCGCACGUCAAGGCCCGGUGCCCCGUGUAUCCCGGCUCGCAGACUCGCAGGUUCCCGGUUCCGGACGACAAAGUGAGCUGGGAGACGGAAUGGCCCGAGUACCUCCCCCCGAGCUACACGGCGCCCUCCGUGCUGGCCAGACCGGCGUGGGCGGACCCGGAUAUCAGCUCCUUCUCACCAUACUUCAAUGCGCUGGAUGGAACUGUGGACCGGACGAGCCACGAGGGGGAGUACAGGGUAGAGGACGGCAAGCCGCUAAACCCUCACGGCCGUACUGGCUUGACGGAGAGAGGCCUGCUGGGACGCUGGGGCCCGAACCACGCAGCAGAUCCUAUCGUGACCAGGUGGAAGAGAGAUGGCGCCGGGCACUCGGUGAUCCACUCAGAGUCACACUUGCCGGUGCUGCAGUUUGUCGCCAUCAUGAGGAAGGACUGCGGAGAGUGGGCUAUCCCAGGGGGCAUGGUGGACCCGGGGGAGCGCGUGUCGCUCACUCUGCAGCGGGAAUUCUCUGAGGAGGCGCUGAACUUGUUGGCCGUUAACCCGGAGGAGAGGGCUUGGCUCCGCGAUCGCAUCGCGAGUCUCUUCGCGUCUCCUGGCUUCCAGGUGUACGAGGGCUACGUGGAUGACCCCAGAAACACGGACAACGCUUGGAUGGAAACGGUGGCCGUCAACUUCCACGACCAGUCAGGGGACAGUGUAAGUGAGCUGCCGCUGCAAGCAGGAGAUGAUGCAGGACAAGUCAGCUGGAUGGAUAUCGAUUCCACUCUUUCCUACUACGCCAAUCACUCCCUUUUCCUUGAGAUGGUUGCCAAGGAGAGACAUGCGCACUGGUAGAUAAAUAGCCACUGCAGACAUCGAGAGGAGUUAAUGAACUAAAACUCUCUGCGAGGCGACACGUUCCCCAGGACACAUACUGCGGACGUGUGACGGACACAGGCCAGGUCCUCGGCUCUCUACAGCUUCUCCUCGCUGCAGUUUCACCCAGAGUUUUCUUUCCUAACAUUCUGUAUUUUGGCAACGUAGAACGAGAAAACAAAAUCCUCAGCGUUGUACACCUUCUGCGUUGAAGGAGGACCAGUAUCUCAGUUCUAACAGCAACUAACCCCGUAUGGGACAAGCGGUUCCAAAAAAAAAAAUAAUUACUGUAUGUAUAGAUAGAUGUGUUGCAUGUGUCCAUCACAGUGGAAUACAGCCUUUCAAAUGUUGUGAUGCUUCUUUUGUUGACUUUGACAAAGACCUUUUUGCUGUAUGGAUUAUAAUGCACUUCAUACAUAAGCAUUGGAUGGAAACUGUACAAGUAUGAAUAUAAUAAAGAUUGUUUCCAACAUUCAUUGCAGUCAAAUUCUGAGAAGCAGUCAGAAUAGUUUCUUGUGGCGUCAUGCGUGUGCUGCUUUUCACCCUCACUGAAGGAAAAGAGAAAGGACAAAGGCGAAAUUUCCCUUUCCUACGGGAAAAGCCAUUUUGUGUGACGGUUGACAAAAAUACAAAAUCGUAAACACUUGCUGUUUUGCUAAUGCGUGAAUAAAGAUGCUUCCACCCCCUUUGUUCCUCCUCUUUGA